AUGACCGUGCCGCUGCUGAAGAUCGGCGCCGUCCUCAGCACUAUGGCCAUGGUCACCAACUGGAUGUCCCAGACGCUGCCUUCGCUCGUGGGGCUCAACGGCACCAUCUCCCAGGCCGGCACCUCCGAGAGAAGCACCCUUUUCCAGAGCCCCGAUGAAGGUUGGCAGGUCUACACCUCGGCUCAGGCUCCCGAUGGCAAAUGUCUAUGCACAGCUGUCAUCCCCGUCCAGGGCACCUGCUCACGGGACUUGCGCAGCCGGCAACUACGGCAGCUGAUGGAAAAAGUGCAAAACAUCUCCCAGUCCAUGGAGGUGCUGGACCUUCGGACCUACCGGGACUUGCAGUAUGUCCGUAACACUGAGUUGCUGAUGAAAGGGCUGGAUUCCAGGCUGAAAGUGGCCACCGACAGUCAGAAAAACCUGAAUGUUAAAGGUUUCCAGGAACUGAAGGACAAAAUGACAGAGCUGAUGCCGCUUAUCCCUGUGCUGGACCAGUACAAGUCAGACACACGGACCAUCGUGCAGCUCAAAGAGGAAGUGCGGAACCUUUCGGGCAGCCUGCUGCAGAUCCAGGAAGAAAUGGGUGCCUAUGACUACGAAGAGCUCCAGCAGCGGGUGCUGAUCCUGGAAGCCCGCUUACAUGCUUGCAUGCAGAAGCUAGGGUGUGGAAAGCUGACAGGGGUAAGCAACCCCAUCACCAUCCGGGCGUCUGGAUCCAGAUUUGGCUCUUGGAUGACGGACACCAUGGCCCCAAGCUCUGACAGCCGGGUCUGGUACAUGGAUGGCUACUACAAAGGCCGCCGUGUCCUGGAGUACCGCACCCUAAACGACUUCAUCACAGGACAAAACUUUGUCCAGCACCUGCUGCCUCAUCCCUGGGCCGGCACCGGCCACGUGGUCUUCAAUGGGUCCCUCUACUACAACAAGUACCAGAGCAACAUUGUGGUGAAGUACCACUUCCGCUCGCGGAGUGUCGUCGUUCAGCGCAGCCUCAACACAGCCGGCUACAACAACACCUUUCCGUACUCCUGGGGUGGCUUCUCGGACAUCGACUUCAUGGUGGAUGAGAAUGGACUCUGGGCCGUCUACACCACCAACCAGAACGCCGGCAACAUUGUGGUCAGCAGGAUGGACCCCAUCACCCUGGAGAUCCUCCGCAGCUGGGACACCGGCUACCCCAAGCGGAGCGCAGGUGAAUCCUUCAUCAUCUGCGGGACCCUCUAUGUGACCAAUUCACACCUGGCGGGGGCCAAGAUCUAUUUUGCUUAUUACACAAACACUUCUAGCUAUGAGUACACGGAUAUUCCCUUCCACAAUCAGUAUUCCCACAUAUCCAUGUUGGACUACAACCCCCGGGAGAGGGUCCUCUACACCUGGAACAAUGGCCACCAGGUUAUCUACAAUGUGACUCUCUUCCACGUCAUCAAGACUUCAGGGGAGUUAUAAUACCAUGAGCUAAAAGAGGCCUGAACUCUCUCAAUUGUCAUUUUGUUCAUUUUCUCUCUUAUUCUUGGGGGGUGGGGGCUGGGGGCACUGUGGCCUGCAAACUCUGUGGCCUGGGAAAAUUCCGUGAUGCCGUUAUUUCUACAUAAAUAAAACAAAGAGAUUUCUUCUCUCUCUCACUUUCUCUCUUUUUCUCUCUUUCUCU